UCUUCCCCUCAUUUUGCGAGAUCUUAUAGUCCUAAACCCCAAUUCCAAGCGCGACUAGUAUCGAUCUUGGCGGUCGAAAACCCUGCACUCUUGCUUGUUUUUUCCUUGGUUUUUCUUCGAAUUUGCACUCCUAAUGGAAUCCUAUAAGGAAUUUAUUUUACCAGCUAUUCCUAGAUCACGCGUUUGGGGAAAAAAUCGAUCUUUUAACGAUCUUCUCGUUGGUCUGUCGGAUAUAAAUUAAUUUAUUCAAGGGGAGAUAAAGAAGGAAGAUGAGCGUUGUCGGCUUUGAUUUUGGCAACGAGAGCUGCAUUGUUGCUGUUGCCCGGCAGCGGGGCAUCGAUGUCGUCCUCAAUGACGAAUCCAAGCGUGAAACCCCUGCCGUCGUGUGCUUCGGCGAGAAGCAGCGGUUUAUCGGAACCGCUGGAGCCGCCUCCUCUACGAUGAACCCCAAGAAUUCCGUCUCUCAAGUGAAGCGCCUCAUCGGCCGUAAGUUUUCCGACCCCGACCUCCAGCGAGACGUCCAAAGCCUCCCUUUUUCAGUGACGGAAGGGCCCGAUGGGUACCCGCUGAUCCACGCAAGUUAUCUUGGAGAGAAGGGAACCUUUACGCCGACCCAGAUCCUAGGAAUGAUUCUCUCUAAUCUGAAAGGGAUAGCUGAGAAGAAUCUCAAUAAUGCAGUCGCGGAUUGUUGUAUCGGAAUCCCGGCCUACUUCACCGAUCUCCAGAGAAGGGCUGUUAUGGAUGCGGCCGCCAUAGCCGGGCUGCAUCCUCUCCGUUUGUUCCAUGAGACCACAGCAACAGCUCUGGCUUACGGUAUCUACAAGACGGACUUGCCCGAGAAUGAUCAGAUGAAUGUGGCCUUUGUUGACGUGGGCCAUGCGAGCAUGCAGGUCUGCAUUGCCGGGUUCAAGAAGGGGCAGCUGAAGGUUUUGGCUCAUGCCUAUGAUCGGUCACUUGGAGGGAGGGAUUUUGAUGAGGUCCUAUUCAGAUACUUUGCAGCAAAGUUCAAGGAGGAGUACCAGAUCGAUGUGUACCAGAAUGCACGUGCCUGCAUCCGACUCCGGGCAGCAUGUGAGAAGCUGAAGAAGGUCCUGAGUGCGAACACUGUGGCACCUCUGAAUAUCGAGUGCUUGAUGGAUGAGAAGGAUGUCAAGGGGUUCAUUAAGAGGGAAGAGUUUGAGCAGAUCAGUGUUCCGAUAUUGGAGCGUGUGAAGGGGCCAUUGGAGAAGGCACUGGCAGAAGCCAAUCUGAGCGUGGAGAAUAUUCACUCUAUUGAGGUUGUAGGGUCAGGUUCUCGUGUUCCAGCGAUAAUUAGGAUACUGACAGAGUUCUUUGGCAAGGAGCCUAGGCGCACCAUGAACGCGAGCGAAUGUGUCGCCCGUGGUUGUGCUCUUCAAUGUGCGAUUCUUAGCCCGACAUUCAGAGUUCGAGAGUUCCAGGUCCACGAGAGUUUCCCCUUUCCGAUUGCUUUUUCCUGGAAGGGCUCUGCUCCUGAGACACAGAAUGGGACAACAGAAAAUCUGCAGAGUUCAAUUGUAUUUCCCAAAGGAAAUGCAAUUCCUAGUGUCAAAGCUUUGACAUUCUACAGAUCUAGUACAUUUUCAGUUGAUGUUCAUUAUGCCGAUGUUGGUGAUUUGCAAGUGCCAGCAAAGAUAAGCACAUACACAAUUGGUCCUUUCCCAUUGACCACGGGUGAAAGGGCUAAGUUGAAAGUGAAGGUUCGCCUGAAUCUCCAUGGGAUCAUUUCUGUUGAAUCAGCAACUAUGUUAGAAGAUGAAGAAGUUGAAGUUCCAGUAUCAGCUACAAAGGAGCCACCAAAGGAAUCUAUGAAGAUGGAUACAGAUGAAGCAACAAAUAACUCUGUGACUGAAAAUGAUGUAAACAUACAGGAUGCUAAAAGUACAACAGAGGUAUCUGAUGCUGGAGUUCAAAAUGGCGAACCAGCGUCUGAAGAAAAGCUUGUGCAGAUGGAAACAGAUGCUAAGGUUGAGCCUUCAAAGAAGAAGGUAAAGAAAACUGAUGUUCCAGUUGCAGAAUUGAUCUAUGGGGGGUUGGCUGCUGCUGAACUUCAGAAAGCAGUUGAAAAAGAGUUAGAGAUGGCUUUACAAGACAGGGUGAUGGAAGAAACUAAGGACAAGAAGAAUGCUGUGGAAGCUUAUGUUUAUGAUAUGAGAAACAAGCUUCAUGACAAGUAUCAAGAUUUUGUAACUGAGUCAGAGAGAGAACAGUUCACUGCUAAGCUUCAGGAGGUCGAGGAUUGGCUCUAUGAAGAUGGUGAGGAUGAAACAAAGGGUGUUUAUGUUGCAAAGCUUGAGGAGCUCAAACAGCAAGGUGACCCUAUUGAGGAGCGUUACAAGGAGAGCACAGAAAGAGGGCCAGCAGUUGAUCAACUUGUCUAUUGCAUCAAUAGUUUCAGGGAGGCAGCCCUGUCCAGAGAUCCUAAAUUUGAUCACAUUGACAUUGCAGAGAAGCAGAAGGUUAUCAAUAAAUGUGGUGAAGCAGAAGCAUGGUUGAUGGAUAAAAAGCAGCAGCAGGAUGCUUUGCCCAAACAUGCCACUCCAGUUCUCCGUGCAGCUGAUGUGAAGAGGAAGGCUGAGGCACUUGACAGGUUUUGCAGGCCUGUCAUGACGAAACCAAGGCCGGCCCCAGUUAAGCCACAGACACCACCCCCAGCUGAGACACCAGCGCCCCAACCGCAACCUCAUGGGGGUGAUGGAACCGGCGAGCAUGUGGCAGAUGGUGGAGUUCCAGGACCAGAGGCUGCUCCCGAACCAAUGCAAACCGACAAGUCAGAGAGUGUCCCAGCUUCUGUAGCACAAGAAGUUUAAGAUAACGGUCUUCAUAUUUCCAGACCAUUAUUGCUUCACCUGUAUCAUGAUUGUCAUAUUCAGUGCAAUAGGCUAAAUGAGGGCAGAGGGAUGCCCUGUGGGUGAUACAAAUUUUAAAUAUCCAUCACUGUCGGGCCAAGUGGCAUUCGUUAGUUGUACCACUGUAACUUUUAAUCAGAAGGAUGCCUUGGCAAUAUGCAUUGAUCAUUUAAUCAGAGUUGGGUCAUUUGAAUCGAGCUUUGCUUCUUUGAUCCACUGUAACUUUUUACAAGGCUUAUGCUUAUUUAUCAUUUCAUG